UGUUCUGCAAUGAGUGUUAGAAGGUUCUGUGUUCAACACGACCUUAAGCGAAAAAGACAUGUAUCGAACACAGAAUUGGAGAGGGCCGUACUUGGAUCAAUAUAUGAGGUACGUUUCAUUUAGGCUUUCACCUUAUAUGUCCUUCCUUUCUCUCAAACUUUAGUGAAUGGCUACAUUUUUCUUAACAGACGGGUCCAUCCUAUGGCCGCAAGUUUAUGACCGGCUAUCUUUCAUCGAUGGGAGUGCGAGCAGGGGAAUGUCGUGUUGGAAAAAUCCUGAAAGAGAUAAAUCAGCCAUACCAUGAACUACGACGUCAGGGUGCUCGUAACCUAAAUCCAGUCCCUUAUCAUGCUGAAUGUAUGGGCCACAAACUUCACCUUGAUCAAAAUGAGAAGCUUGGGAUGUUUGGAGUGACACAUGUAUUGGCAGUUGAUGGCUACAGCAGCAAAAUUGUUGGUAAUGCCACCAUGCCAGUGAAAAACAACCUUGUGAUCUAUGAGGAAGUUUACAGAUCUGCAGUUGUCAAGCACGGGAUGUGGGAUCAGCUAAGAGUCGAUCAUGGCAGGGAGUUCUUCAUGUGCCUGUACAUGCAAGAGAUACUGUCAGGACACAGACACAACCUCAGCAGGCUACCAUAUCUUCAAACAACAUCAACAAAAAAUCUUCGAGUGGAAAGGCUGUGGCCUGAAGUGAACUGCCGGGUAAACUAUCCACUGAAACAAGCCCUGGUACACAUGCUGGACCAAGAAGUCAUCAGUAUGGAAGACAAUGUAACUAAAUUCUGCAUCUCAAACCUGACAUGUCAAGUAAGCCAAAUUGGAUUAUGCAGAGUGGUGCAGUCAUGGAAUGCACACAGAAUCCCAGGUCGCGGCAUACCCAAUGAACUUGCUGCAGAUGGCUGUCCAGCUAAAAUUUCUCCAGAGCUGCUCCCCUCUGCCUCUGUUGUAGCAAGCAUGUAUGAACAAGAGUUUGGUUCCUCGCUGACUUGGGUGCCUGUUUUUGGAACUGACCCCUUUUCAUCUGAGGAGGAUAGGUGUCAUGCAGAACAGGACUUUGCAGAGAACUACCCUGACAUCUCUCUUCUUCUUAAUCAUGCGGUAAACAAUGACUAUGCUCCCUUCCAGGAUGCUGUGUUGCACCUCUUGAAUGUAACCCAAAGAUAUGCCUGA